AUGGCAGGCCUGGAGGUUGUCGGUGUUGUUCUCGGGGCAAUACCACUUCUCAUAGAAGCGGGCAAACAGGCUGAACGGUUGGAGUUCUACUGGAUGUUCCGUGACAAGUUUCCGCCGCUGUUGAGGUCCAUUCAUGACCAGAUGAUGGCUUACAGACAGAACAUCAAAUUUCUCUUGGGUCCCCUCAAUCUUGACCUUGAUUUAACAGCUAGUCUGGUCGACUUUCCUGAAAGGUCUGGGAUGUGGCGCAACCCCAAGUUUCGGCAGGUGCUCUACGGAAGAUUUGGAAACGACGAGUAUGAGCUCAAUUGGUUGAUUCAACGAACCGAACGAAUAAACGAAAUCAUCCAAGACCUUGCAGGAAUUUUGCGCUUACUCGACUCAAAGGGCUCGAAGGCAAAAGUACAGACUCCUGGCUAUCAAUCAUCGGCCAUGACCGCUUUGAACCAGCAGCAAAUUAGGCUAGCUAUCAGCUUUACCAGCAAGCGUAAGCUAGUUGUCGAAUUUGAAGAGAUCAACCGCAAGAUCCGCGACUUCUUAAGCAAUGACAUGAAAAUUGCACAGAUGAAGGGGACAGUCCUUGGCAACACCUUCAAAUCUCACGGGCAAGACGAGGUCUACAAAAAGAAAGCACAACCCUUCCGCAAACUCCAGAAUCACGUGGAUUCGCUGUACCGAAUUUUCCAACCGAAUAGAUGGGAAUGUGACUGUGGUCUCCAACAUCCUUGUGGAAUUGCCGUUAACUGGGUUUACGAUGUGCAUGGGAUAUCGAAAGGAAGUAUUCAGCUUUAUCUUGAGGGUUCCAAUUCCCCAGAAAGACUGGAUGUGGACUUCUAUUCUUUCGAACCUGAAUCAGACCGAUCUAACCUUCCGAAACAACCGCUUAUUGACCAAUUGUCGUCUAAGCUAGAACGUACCGGGCUGACUCGAGGCUCUAAGGCUCGAACAGCACCGAAGACCAUGCCAGUAAUCUCUGCGCUUGCAGGCUCUGCCUUAGAUUUGGUGAGAACGGGGCCCGAUCAGCAUGGAAACCCCGAGAAGGUGGAUCGCACAUCCGAACAUAAAGCCGAAAGUGGCCCCGACAUAGGAUACGGCAAUUCCGAGGGACUGGUGGUAUCACAGCUAGAACCUAUCGAGGCUGGGCUGACAACGAUUUUUAGAGCUUCUGAGCCCUCGACUAAGAGGCUCCGGCGGUCUAAAAGACGACAAAAAGUCAGAUUCGACGAAGGAUCUGCCUUUUCCCAGACCGCAGUGAACUUGGUCGCUAGCCAAGUCUCUUGCGACUUUCUGCAUGACCCUCUGUCGAGUGACUCUGUCCGGUAUCUUCAAGACACAAGGGAAAAGGGCUACAUUGCAGUGAGAAAAAUGGACCACUCCACGUCGCAGAGCUCUCCAAAUCAUAAUCCUAUGUGGCUGAGGGAGUUUUGGAAGUAUGCUCCAAAAUUGGAUCAGCGAAUCCGGCUAGCAACGAAACUUGCCUACACAAUAAUUGGUUUUGGAACUUCAGCGUGGUUUCCCCAAGGAUGGGAUGACGGUGAUAUCACCGUUUGUUUGAAGCCUCGACCAAUACCUUUCUACUACCAUCUCUCGAUGCGACAGGCACUUCGAAGAGACAUUAAAAACGCUCAACAUCAUGCUGAGAUGGCUGUGUUUACAUUGGGUGUGAUCAUUCUUCAAGUUAUUUAUCAGAAAAGGCUCGAGGAACAGCCAUUCUACAGGAAAUAUUGGGUGGAUGGUAAACCCAGUGAUUUCACACUUGAGCUCGCUGCGCGAGAAUGGCAGCAGUCGGUGGAGAAGGAGUAUGGGCCAAGCAUUGCAGAUGUAAUCUUUCGAUGCGUACACCUCAAAUUUUCCAUUACUCCUGAUCUGGAGAAGGAGGAGUUCAUUCAAGAGAUGUUACUGACGGUGAUUGAGCCUUUGGAGGAUUUUGUAUUGCAGUUUGAGAAUUCAUCAAGCUAG